AUGAACAUCGCCAAGAACGGCCACCACCUUUCCGGGCUGGGUGUACACAGCUCCUCGCCUCGUAUAUCCUGGACAUCCUCUGCUAUUGACGAGUCUAUCUGCGACUGGAAACAAUCUCAGUAUGGGAAUGCCGUACUACGUGAAACUGGGCCGCCGGCACACCUCGUUGUCCAAAGUGCAGAGUCAUCUUUAGUGGCAUGGCCGAGCACGCCCCCCCAUGAGCCCCAAGAGCCACUAAGGCCUUUGUUCUUCCGAAAGGCCUUUGUUUUGCCUUCCGCAUCUGGCUCCGUGUACCGCGCCCGCUUGUAUAUCACAGCUUUGGGGUCUAUUGGGCUGUUUGACGUCGACUCCUUAAUCACCACCAAGGGCGAUAACGUGUUAUGCAUCGAAGUUGCUGAAGGGCGGUAUAUCUAUGGAGAUCGCAUAGCCGUCAUGGAGGUAGGAGGUUUCGCAGCUGAACGAUUCCAGAUUGUGUCCGACGAGAGCUGGAAGUGCCACCCGAGUCCCAUCUUGAGCAGCGAAAUUUACAACGGCCAAAUCUAUGAUGCGCGAGCCGAGGUUGGCGACUGGAACAAACAUGGCCCUCUCUAUAUUGACGCGGACUGGGAGACAGUCUCCGUUUUGGCUUUUGCCCGUGAGCGAUUAUAUGCGCCAAACGCCCCUCCAGCACCAAUCACGGAUCAACUGACACCCAAAAGAUUAUUCACCACCCCAUCUGGCCGGAAGAUUGUCGACUUUGGCCAGAAUAUGGUCGGAAAGCUACUCAUACAUUCCAUGACGCUUCCGGUGAACGCAAGUGACCUUCACCCACGCAGAGGUGUUGGAAGGUGGGAAUUGGGCACGAGACCCCUUCGCGGUGCACAAUCCGUUGAUACUAUCAUCUCAUCAGGGCGGCCGUUGAUUGAUUGGUCGCCGAGAUACACCUUCCAUGGCUUUCAAUUUGUGCAAGUCGAGGGAUGGGAUCCUGAAAAGGAGCAGUCCUGGCAGACUAACAUUCGUGCACUCGUAAUCCACACUGAUUUCAAGCGGACGGGGCGCAUGGGUGGGAACUUCUUGUCAAUUCCCACGGACUGCCCCCAACGGGACGAAUGCUUGGGAUGGACAGGAGAUCAGGUCUUUGGCCCAUCUGCAACAUUUCUGUGUGACUGUAUUGGCAUGCUUUCAGAAUGGUUGGAAGAUGUUGUCUGCGAGCAAUUAGAGCACUACGCGCUCCCCCGUGGGCGGUCCCCAAUGUUCUGGACCACGUGUGGCCAUCCAUUCCCUAGGCUUUGUGUGUUAUGGCAAUUAGGCGACUGGCUCGAUCCCCAGGCGCCACCGGACCAGCAUGGUGAUGGCGGAGCAAGCGGUGCCCUAGUGGCAGAUGCAUACCUCGUGCAUGUCACAUCCCGCAUGGCUGAUAUUGCAUCGGUCCUCGAGAGCAAGACAGAGAGUACACACUACAGCUGCAAAGCUCAGCGUCUCUGUGCCCUUUUCCAGGACAGGUACAUAACACAUUCCGGCCUCAUAGUCGGCGACUCCCAGACGGCGUCUUCCUUGGCGAUUGUUUUCGGAGCUUUAUCCACUAAGCACCAGCUAGACACUGCGAGGCGUCAGCUCGCGGCGCGUGUACGCAAGGCAAAGCUCCGUGUCGCAACCGGAUUCGCCGGUACGCCUAUCAUUUUACGUGCCCUCACCGACAAUGACAACCUCUCCCUGGCCUAUCGGACGCUGCUCGAAGACCGCUGCCCAUCGUGGUUAUAUCCCAUUACUACGGGUGCCACAACCAUUGGGAACACUGGGACGUUGGCUCCACGAGACUUUGGGCAGUUACAUCGAGCUGCAAACUGCCGAGCACGCGUGGCCAGCGUGGAUCAUCUAUCAAGGUACUGGUAA